AUGAAUAUCACCUUUGCCUACGCCGUAACAACAAUACUUGCAGCUACCCUAACUGCAGAUACUGAUAACGGCACAACGACUUCCACUCUCAUUGAAACGUCAAACGAAACCACUGAUGUCUUCAACUCCUCGGUUCUCGCGGCUGAAAACGAAAGCUCGACUCAAGAAUCGGCACCAUCUUCCCGAAGACAGACAUACCAGCCAUUAGUCAGCACUGAAGCGAAAGAACUCGUUCUCGAUAUCAUCUACUGUGGACUGCUUCCUGUCGUCUGCGUGUUUGGAAUUGUGGGUAACGUAAUGAGCUUCGUAGUACUCUAUAUCCAGGGGUCGAAGGAACGAACCAAUAUCAUCCUCGUUGCAUUAGCUAUUUCGGACACACUGUUUCUAAUAACAACAUUACUGCGAAAGGUCAACCACCUUGUGUCUAAGGUCGACAAGAAUGCUGCAUUCGACGUUAAUAUGAUCAUGCAAGCCCAAGUACUAAUGUUGAACAUGCUGUUCGGACGGAUCACAAGCGCUCUCACCAUGCUCAUUGCCAUAGAACGUUUCAUAGCAGUGUACUUCCCUCUCAAGGCCCAAUUCCUUCUAACGCCGACUCGCGUGAAGUUCGCCGUAGUCUUUUUGUAUGUUACUCUUUGUGCCACCUUUGCCCCUCUGCUCAAUCUCUACAAAAUCACCUAUGUAUUCAGUAAACGUCAACAACGCAUCAUUCCCUAUAUAAGAGUGACACAGUUCUACAUCGACAACGCGGAUUUCUUUGACGUCUACUUGGACCAGAUCCUCAACAUCAUGUUCCGCUACACUCCGAUGGUGCUGGUGUGUGUCUUCACCGUUCUGGUUGUCUUAAGGAUCAAGAGGAGCUCAGUCUGGAGACGGAAGACCUCUCAGAACACUGACAAAACAAAGGAUGAAGAUCGAGUGACCAACAUGCUGGUACUUGUGAGUUGUCUCUACAUUUCCUGCCUCAUGCCCGGCACAAUCACUGUAACCCUCAGGUUCUUCAUCCAAGGAUUCAACUUUGUGGGGCGAUAUUCCAACUUGUUCAACCUAAUGGGUGGCUUCAUCUUAUUACUGGAGUGCUGCAACUCCUCUGCCAACUUCAUAGUUUACAUGGCCAUGAGCAAGAAGUUCUCCUCCACGUACAAGAGAGUGUUCUUGUGUAGAUCCCCCCAGGCUCGAGGACUUGAUGUCACAGCAAGCCCGAAUACUCUUGCCAGCAGCUUGUCUACCAUAGCCAAAUAGUGGAACUAUGUAUCUUUCCGUAC